UCCGGCCUCCCCCUCGGCCGCGCCCCCGCCCUCGACGCCGCCUGCGCGGCCGCGCUGCCCGCGCUCGUCGGCCGCGCGCGGUGGCCCGCCUACCGCCGCGCCGGCUUCCCCGCAGACCCCGAACUGCUUUACGUAUACGCCACCGAUUUCGACGACUUUGCCGUCAAGAAGCCAAAGUCCGAACUGCUGCCCACGAAAGAGGUCGGGGACCCGACCCCCGUGCCCGCCUGGGUGCCGGACUAUAAUGUGACUGACGCCCCGGGCCCGCCGCGGCGCGGCGUCGCGCUGGAGACGGCGAGCGUGGCGGUGAUACGCGCGCAGUACGCGGCGUUCAACUGGCUGAGGGAGCACGUGAAGGAGUUCCCAGUCAUCGACAAGGGGCCGUGA